GUCAUGUGACUCCUCUGAGCCGCUUUAUUCCCCGGCUGGGUUGGCUGCGCUCCAAGUCACUCCCCGCAGUCGGCUGGAGCCAGAGACGCUUAUUUGCUGUGUUCCGGAGGCCGGGCUCUCAUUCAUUAGACAGCCGUCUAGUUUCCCUGGAAACACAAGCCAUGGAGAGAGCCGCGCCAUGGACGGAGCCGGAGGUCAGAGCUCUGAUCAGUAUCUGGUCAGAGGAGAGCAUCAAGCGGCAGCUGCAGGGCACCCUGAGGAAUAAGGGGCUCUUCAUGUACAUCGCCCUCCGCAUGAGGCAGCUGGGCAUCUUCCGGGACUGGAAGCAGUGCCGCUCCAAGUACAAGAACCUGAAGUACGAGUACAGAGCGCUGCGGAGUAGUACCCGGGAGCCCGUCCAUAAGAUCCCCUUCUACGAUGAGCUGCACGCCAUACUAGGCGCUGAGGGCGCACCGCAGGGGGGCAGCGAGGCCGGCCCGGAGGAGGACACCUGCCCGGAGCAGGCUGCAGAGCCAGAUCUGCAGAGUCCUGGAGGAGGUACCAGUGAUCUUCUACUUGUACCGGCUGUUCAUAAUGAGGGAGGAAAGCAUUGGUCGGCUAGGGAGACACUGGCACUCAUAAACAUCUGGUCUGACAAGAGUAUAAAGGGACAGCUGAAAGGAACCGUCAGGAACCAGAAGAUAUUUGAGCACAUUGCAGGUCUUCUCCAGCAAUCAGGGAUAGACAGAGACUGGAGGCAGUGCCGGACUAAGUAUAAAAAUCUAAAGCAUGAGUAUGCUGUGGUGAAGAAGGCUCAUGAUUCUGGAAACCGAUGGAAGACCAUGAAAUAUUUCAAAGAACUGGAUGCUAUUCUAUCAGGCAAGCCGUCUGGGUACAGAAAGAUUAACAAUGAUAAACCAUCAUCCGUGCCGUGCCCGAGACCUGUUCCUGCUACUGUUGCUGCUGACUGUCUGUCAGGUCUUAUCUCUGAAAUUCCAGAAGGAAACCCUGUGGGUCAUAAUACUCCCAUCAUAAAGCAGGAGCUUAAUACCAGUGGGCAAUGCCAUGAAAGUGAGCAGCAUGACUUAUCUACUAGAGGGAACGUAGUAGCCAUCCACAUAAAAGAAGAAUCAUCAUCUGUAGAUGAUAACCCAGAAAUGGAUGACAACCCUGACGAUGACUUCCGAAUAAGGACUAUAAAUGAUGCCGGAGGAGGCAGGAACUGGAGCGAUUAUGAAGUCCAAUCUCUCCUGCGUGUCUGGUCAGACGAGAAGAUAUCCCUGCGGCUAGAUGGCACCUUCAGGAACAAACAAGUCUUUGAGGAGAUUUCACUCAGGCUGAUAGAGUUUGGGAUCAACAGAGACUGGAAGCAGUGCAGAAGAAAGUACAAGAACCUAAAAUACGAAUAUCAUUGCAUUCAAAAAGACGAAAAUAAUGAAAACCAACGUACGAUGAGGCAGACAGUAAAAUUCUUCGAUCAGAUUGAUUGCAUAUUGCGACAUCUACCAAAAGUUACAGCACAGGUUGCUGAAUAUGGACCACAUGGUGGCGUCCCAAACCAAGGAAUCUGUCAAGAGGAGCCCAGAACAGUUAGUGGAGCACAGGACAUCUUAGGCUAUGUUCUAGAGAAGGAUGAGAAGUGUUUUGGAGUGUUAAAAGUGGUGGUUACGGAAUGUAAAGAACUUCACAAUCUGAAGAUAUUUGUCUUCCAUAUUCAAGUUGGGAAAAAAAUUACUCUGAUCAAACCGUAUAUGUUGGCCUGGGAUCAGGACUUAGGUGAGGUGGCUUCUGAGGAGGAUUGGAAACGUCGAUCAAGGGUGACAACCCGAGGCUUACUUAAUGUUUCACUCUCGGAAGCCAACUUUAAAGUAUUCUCCAGGUGGUACCUGGUGCCCUCUAGACUUGCACUUAUGUACCCAGGAACAUCGCCCUUAUGUUUUCGGGGAUGUGCGCUCGAGGGCACUAUGUACCAUAUAUGGUGGACAUGUCCGCGUAUCCGAAACUUUUGGGGAGGGGUUUUUAACUUAAUCUUCCGGGUCGUGGGCAUAAGGGUCCCAAGAGACCCUAGGCUGGCCUUGCUUAAUGACACUAUCCCUGAAACUCCUAAACACACUAGAAGAUUGAUAAAUUUCAUAGUCCUGGCAGCUAAAGUUACGAUCGCUAAAACAUGGAAGACACCCAGGGUACCGCUGAGCCAGAACUUCAUUGUCCAGAUCAAAAGAAACAUGCAUGGAUUCACACUCCAACAAAACACCCGUCGCAUCAGCAUGCUGCUGUCAGACCAUGUGAAAAUCCUUCAGCAGUUAGACUGA